AUGAGUAUGCGAGGGCAAGUAUUGGGUGGUUAUCGUCGAUUAUUACGGGCAAGUCGUCAAGCUUUUCAAGGUGAUACAUAUGCACUACAAGAGGCUCACGUGGCACUUCGUAAUAGUUUUAUAGCGAAUAGUCAAGUAAGUGAGAAAAAACAACUGGACGAACUGAUAAAAGGCAUUGACGAGGCUGAGGAGAUGCUACUUUACCACAUUGUCCAAGGUCACGCCAAGCAAAAGAAUGACCAAGAAGCACCACGUUUUGAGGUGAAACUCACAGAUCCACAGCGUCAGGCUAUGCGCAAGGACGAAGAGAUUACACCAUUAACAGACAAGUCUGCUAGUGAGCCGCUUGUGAUAAACUCAGGCAAUGUCUGUCAGCGUCCAUCGUAG